AUGCAUUUAUUCAAAUUAUUGACAUUAUUUUGGUCAAUUUGGUUAUUAAAUUAUGUUUUAACAGCUGAAAUCACUCAAAACACAAUAUCAAGAGGUCAAGUUGGAAUUGAUUUUGCAGGUAUAACAAUAUCACCAAAUGUAUUUUGGUCAGUAAUUGAUAAUUUUAUUUUAGAAAUUAUUGGACAUGUUAAAAUUAAUUCAGGAAGUGGAUUUUAUGUUCAAAGUAAUUCAAAUUCAAUUGCAUUAAGAAUUUCUUUAUUAGGUUUAAUUUUUAAUUUUGAAAAUGAUGGUAUUAUAAGUUUUAAUGCACACCAAUCAAUUAUUGCUCCAACUUAUAGAAUUUUAGCAAAUUCAUUUGUAAAUAAUGGAGAAUUUUAUUUAUCUGGUGAUGCAACUUUAGGUGUACCCAAUUACGAAUUACAUGCAUUAACUUGGAGAAAUACUGGAUUAGUUGUAAUUUAUCAAAAUUUUAGAUCAAAUGCAAUAACAACUUUAGGUAAUCCUGGAGGAAGUGUUAUAAAUACUGGAACUAUAUGUUUAAAUAAUAUUGAAUAUCAACAAACUACUGCAGUAUUUGGAUCUGGUUGUAUUGUAUUACAAGGAAAAUCAACGUUAUUAUUACCAAAUGCCUUAUUAGUAUUUGCAACUGGUCAAAAUAUUUUAAUGGAAAAUGAAGAAAGUUCAAUAGUUGUUGAAGCUUUAAGUACUCCUCAAACUUUUAGAGUUCAUGGAUUUGGUUCUGGAAAUAAAUUAGCUUUAACUACAACUUUAGCAGGAACUUUAUUACAUGGAGCAUAUUCUUAUGAUACUAAAACUGGUAUUUUAACAUUAUAUACUUUAGCAUUACUGCAAAAAUUUAAUAUUGGUUUAGGUUAUAAUUCAAAUUUAUUUUAUAUUACUACUGAAACAAGUGGAUUAGUUCCUACUGUAUCCAAUGCAAUAGCUUAUUCAGGAAAACCUCCAACUACAGCAAGACCUUCAGCAUGUAUGGUUUGUAAGCCACAGCCAGAAUCUCCAGGUAACAAACCAGUCAUAUUUGAAUCAACUAUUACUCAAAUCACUGAUACUGAAACUUUAACAAGAAGUGCUCAAAUUCUUGUAUCUACAAAUACUGCUGGUAGUUGGUUUACUUCAACUUCAUAUCAUCCUACUUCAAUUGAUAUAAUUUCCACUACUUAUACUACAUUAUUUAAUGAAAUUUCAAAUCAUCAAGUUUUAACUAGAAGUGGUAUAGUUGUUGUAGGUUCUGAUACAGAAUGGUUUACUAGUACUUCCGUUUUCCCAUAUCGUACAUUUAAUGAAUAUACUACAACUAAUAAUGAAGGUUACUUGGUGAAACUUGUUGAAACAACAACAACUUCUGGUGAAUGGGUUACAUUAACAAGUACAAUAACUCCUGAAUUUACUCAUUAUCUGUCAACUUUAACAUUAGUAGAAGAUGGUACAACUAGUUAUGAUGCUAUAGAAAUUUUUGUAACAACUAAUGAUGAAGGUAGUUGGACUACUAUAACUAAUGACAUUCCUGAGGAAUAUACAAGAUAUACCACAACAGUAUAUGGUUUCAAUACUGCAUUAAUGCUGCGUACUCAAGCAGCUUGGGAAGUUUUAAUAUCUACAAAUAGUGCAGGACAAUGGUUUACGACAUCAAAUACAAUUGGACCAACAUUUACUUCAUAUACUUUUACUCAAACUGUUAUACAUGAUGGUCAAUUGAGUGUAACAACUAACAUAAGAUUAGUUACUACAAAUGAAGAUGGAAGUUGGACAACUUUAUAUAGAUCUAUUGAACCAACAUUUGAAACUUAUGAAACUACUUAUUUAACUACAAAUGACGUGGGAGAUUAUGAAACUGUUACUGCCUCAGUAGUUGUCUCAACGAAUGGUAAUGGUCAAUGGUAUACUUCAACUUAUAAACAACGAUAUACUACUUACACAACAACUUAUGUCACAACUGAUUCAAAUAGUGUUACACAUACUGCAUCAGCUCAAGUUAUUGUUUCAAAUGAUCCCGAAAAUAAUUGGUUUACAACAUCUUCAAUAAUUCCACAAUCUCCAACAGAAUAUACAUCAAUAGUAGUAUAUACUGAAGAAAGUACAACUUAUACAUCAGUUGUUGAAGUGAUAGUUACAACAGAUGAAAACAAUGAAUGGCAUACAACUACAACAAUUCCACAAAAUGAACCAAUGGAAGAAUCACAAUCAGCAAUGACUUAUUAUUUUUCAGAUUCAAAUGAUAUUUAUGUUAUUGUAAUAUCACAAAAUUCAAAUGGUGAAAUUUUUACAAGAGUUGAUUCUAUUCAAGCUUUUUAUACAAGUUUUACAACAACUAUUACUCAACCUUCAACUACUUAUCAAGCUGUAAUUGUUGAAACUACAAAUAAUGCUAGAUCAUUAUAUAGAACAACUUCAAUUAUUCCAGCACCUACAAUAACAACUUUUACAACUUUAUAUCCAACUACAAAUGCAGAAGGUGAUUUAAUAACAGCAAUUGGUGAAAUAUUAAUAACUACUAAUUCAGAAGGUUCUUAUAUAACUCAUUCAUCAGCUUUACCUACAUCAUUAACAAGAUUUAUUAUUCCUUUCGUGGAUAAAUCAGGUACAUCAUCCGAAACUUAUCAAGUAAGUGUUUUAAUAACAACUGAUUUAUAUGGAGAUUGGUUUACUGGAAUUUAUAGAAUUUGGACAACCAUUUUAACUUCAGUAAAUGAACUUGGUUCGUCAACUACCAUUACUUCUACAAUUGCUGGUGAAUCAAUUGAAACUGAAAGUGAAGUUUUUGCUAGUGUAACUGACACGGGAGAGUCUACAUCAAAUACUGAGACAGAAUCUGCAUUGGAAUCAACAAUUAUUACUGCGACAGAUUCUGCAUUAGAAACGGAGGUAAAGACAGCAUCUGAAACAGAGGUCGAGACAGCAUUUGAAACGGAGGUAGAGUCAACAAUUAAUACUGAGACCAAUUCUGCCUUAGAAACAGAGACAGAUUCUGCAUUAGAAACGGAGUUAGAGACAGCAAUUGAUACUGAGACAGAAUCUGCAAUUGAAACAGAAGUCGAAUCAACAAUUGAAACAGAGAUAGAAUCUACAAUUGAAACAGAAAGUGAACCAGGAAUUGAAACAGAGGUUGAUUCAGCAAUUGAAACUGAAAGUGAAUCUGCAGUUGAAACAGAAAUAGAAUUUGCUACUGAAACAGAAAUGGAAUCUGCAAUUGAGACAGAAACAGAAUCCGAGAUUGAAUCAACAAUUGAAACAGAGACAGAAUCGGUAGUUGAAACAGAAAUAGAAUCUGCCAUUGAAACAGAAAUGGAAUCUGCAAUUGAGACAGAAACAGAAUCCGAGAUUGAAUCAACAAUUGAAACAGAGAUAGAAUCGGUAGUUGAAACAGAAAUAGAAUCUGCCAUUGAAACAGAAAUGGAAUCUGCAAUUGAGACAGAAACAGAAUCCGAGAUUGAAUCAACAAUUGAAACAGCGGUCGAAUCUGCAAACGAAACAGAGGUAGAAUCAACAAUUGAAUCAGAGAUAGAAUCUGCAGUUGAGACAGAGAUAGAAACUGUAAUUGCAACGCAGAUAGAUUCAGCAAUUGAAACAGAGAUAGAUUCAGCUAUUGUAACUGAAAGUGAAUCUGGAAUUGAUACUGAGACAGAAUCUGCAUUAGAAACAAAAAUUGACUUUGAGACAGAAAUAGAUACAGCAAUAGAAACAGAGACAGAAUCUACAAUAAAUACUGAUAUUGAAUCCGCAUUAGAAACAGAGGUAGAAUCAAUAAUUAAUACCGAGACAGACUCUGCAUUAGAAUCAACAAUUAAUUCUGAGUCAGAUGUUGCAUUAGAAACAGAGAUAGAUCCUGCAUCAGAAACAGAGAUAGAUUUAACAAGUGAAACAGAGGUAGAAUCAUCGAUUGAUGCUGAAACAGAAUCUGCAGCUGAAACAGAGAUUGAAUCUGCUACUGAAACAGGAAUGGGACCAGCAACUGAAUCAGAAAUUGAAUUCGAGAUUGAAUCUACAAUUGAAACAGAGAUGGAAUCAACAAUUGAAACUGAGAGAGAAUCUGAAAUAGAAUUACCACUUGUUACUGAUACAGAAUCUGCUAUUGAAACAAAAAUAGAAUCCGAGACAGAAACUGCAAUUGAAACAAAGGUAGAUUCAGCAAUUGAUACUGAUACAGAAUCUGCAAUUGUAACGGAAGUUGAAUCAGCAAUUGAAACAGAGAUAGAAUCAACAACUAAUAUUGAUUUUGUUGAAUCCGCAAUUGAAACAGAGGUAGAAUCUGCAUUUUUAACGGAGUCAGAAUCAACAAUUCAUACCGAAACAGACACCGAAUUUGAAUCACUAAUUGACACUGAGAUAAAGUUAGCAUUAGAAACAGAGACGGCUUCUGCAAUUAAUACUGAGACAGAAUCUGUGUUAGAAGCAGGGGUUGGUUCAGCAAUUGAGACAAAAUUAGAUUCAGCAAUAGAAACAGGAACAGAAUCCACAAUUAAUACUGACAUUGAAUCUGCAUUAGAAACAAAGGUAGAUUCAGCAAUUGAUACCGAGAUUGAUACUGCAAUUGAAACAGAGGUAGAAUCAACAAUUGAUAUUGAGACAAAUUUAUCAACUGCUACUGAUGCGUUAGAAAUAAAAACAGAAUUAGCAACUGAAAGAGAGAUAGAAUCCGAGAUAGAAUAUGCAACUGAAACUGAGGUUGAUACAACAAUUGAUACUGAUGUUGAUACAACAAUUGAUACUGAGAUAAAAUCAACCAUUGAAACAGAGGCAAAUUCUGCUACCGAAACAGAGAUAGAAUCUGCAAUUGAUCCUGAAACAGAAACUACAUUUGACACUGAGACUGAAUCUGCAAUUAAUACUGAGGUAGAUGCUGCAAGUAAUACUGAGAUAGAUUCCGCAAUUAUUACUGAGACUGAUUUUACAUUAGAAACUGAGAUAAAAUCUGGAUUUGAAACAGAAGUAGAAUCAGCAAUUGGUACUGAGGUAGAAUCUACAAUUAAUACUGAGAUAGAAUCUGCAAUCGAAACAAAGAUAGAAUCAUUUAUUGAUACUGAGGUGGAAUCAGCAAUUAAUACUGAGACAGACGAUUUAUUAAAAACAGAGAUAGAUUCAACAUUAGAAACAGAGAUAACAGACUCAAUAACAACAGGGAAUUCUGCAUCAACAGGAAUAGAGAUUGAUUCAGCAUUAGGAACAGGGACUGAUUUCGCAAUCGAUACUGAGAUAGAAUCAUCUAAUGAAACAGAUAUAGAAUCAACAAAUGAUACUGAUACAGACUCCCCAUUAGAAACAGAGAUAGCGUCGGCAACAAAUUUGGCCAGCUCAACAAAUGACAUUGCGGAAUCUGAAAUCAACUCAAUUGAGAAUAUUGGUGCUUCUAUUGGAGGACAAACGACAGAAAUAGUAACAGCCGAAUCUUCUACUGUUGUACCAGAGACUUCAAUCAUGCUGUUGGUAGCGAGUGAAACGAUACAUUUGACGAUAGGUGCAGGUUUGGAAAGUAAUUUUGAAUCCAAUGAUAAUCCCGCAACUACAUCGAUAUUUAAUAUAUCUGAACCAACAACUAUACUGCCUGAUGUGACAAAUGAGAUAGGAGAAAUUAGUUUUGAUGCCAAUUUAGAAUCAUUUAAUCAAUCAGAAUCGUUUGUAAAUACCAUAGAUCAAUCAGAAUCGUUUGUUAAUACCAUAGAUUCUAUUACAGCUUUAAGAACAAGUAAUGGUAUACUGGAAUCUACACAACUGGCAGAAACUUUCUAUACUGAUACUCCCGAGUCAUUUGAAACUAAUCUGGAAGUCAUAUUAAAUAAAACUCCUGCAAGUAUUGAACCUAACGAGUUUGUCGUGUUUACCUCAUCUGAAACGAAAACUAUCGGAUCAAAUAUAUACCAAGCAACCAGCAACAUUGAACCUGUGGAGUUCUGGAGUACUACAACUGAAUCAGGAAUCAGUGGAUAUACUAGAGGUUCAUCUGAAGAGAUAUCAACAACGUGGGUGGAAAGCAUCGAAUCAUUUAAUGGUAAUGGUAACUUAAGUGCUUAUUCAACUUUUUUAUCCAAAUUUAUAUCAUCCGCAAAUGCUAUUUCUUCACAUAGUUUUGAGAUAUCUACAAACUUUUUGGUUGAUGGUGAGUCUUCAAAUUUGUAUAUGAUCAUGGAGCUGGAAUCAUUUACCAUAGACUUUAAUUAUCAAAUUUCGACUGAUGACAGAGGGGCAACGUUCCACCAACCUGAAUCAACAACUAUAGGUGGUGUUCAAAUUAAUUUCACUUCGAUUGAUAUCGCAGAGUCUUCCUUUAUCAGUGGACAAAUUAGUAGUGAUAUUACAAUCGAUGCUAGCCUGGUGAAUAUUAAAAGUGCAUUGGUUGAAACUUCUGAUGCUGCAAACUCAUUAUUAAAUUCAAUAAAUUACCCAUUGAUGUCCGAAACAGAUCCUGGUAUAGCGAUUACAGAUAGCAACUCAGUUACGUUGGAAUCUUUAUCAAAUAUUGGGGUUACGUCCUUUGAUUAUGAUAGUUCAAGCUCUACUACUGAGAAUUUGUCCAUAGAUGUUAUUACUCAAGUCGUAACAGAUACAAAUAAUUCUUUAGUCGUUCAAAUGGUACAAGAGGUUACUAAUACGAACUCAGAAACAUCCAGUAUCAUCAGGUCAUUUGAGACAAAUAUUACAUCUUUCAGAGUCAUUAUGUCAAGUUCUGGGAUACAAUUUUCUGAAUCAAUAUAUGUGGUGAUUAUAUCAACUGAUGUAGAAGGUCAAUGGUUUACUCUGAUAGAUGGGAUCCCGGCUACAUUAGCGACAGAGAUGGUAGAUGCAUCAAAAAUAUUUUCAACGUAUUAUUCGCAUGAAAGUUUGGAAACCUCAAUUGCGUCUCUACAAAUUGGACGUGAGUCUGAUCUUGAAACAUCUGGAUAUAAAACUACUUAUAAUAUUAUGUUUACACUGGUACAACCUGAUGGAAAUACUAUUACACUGACUUACAAUGUCGAAUUAAGCACAGAAGGAAAUGCAACUUAUAUCCGUACUGCAAAUAAUGCUCAAGAGACAAAGGCAUCUAGCUCAUCCUUACAAGGUGUGGGCGAUGGUAAUUUUUCUAUGGCAGUAGAUUCAAAAGCAAGUUCUCAAGCGUCAAGUAUUCUAUUAGCAAGCGUUACUUCAAAAGAUGGUCAGUCACUUUCACAUGAUCAAAUUUUCUCAACUGCAGAAGUUGGAAAUUCUAGCUUAGAUCCUUCAAAAUCUCAAGUUGUCAGUACAUAUGCAAAUAUUAGUUCCUCAACUUCAGAUUCCAUGUCGCAGAAGCCUGAUGACUCACCAAGUCAAGAUAGUGUUAACCCAAUGAAUGUUUUUGCUCCAAUUUCAACUAGUUCAAUCUUUGAGACGUCAAUUGCAAACCCAACGGAAUUUAGUAGUGGAUCAAAAGAUGUUAUCCCUUCACUACUCAUUACAAUUUUCAUUUCGUUCGUUAUCGUAGUAAUUUAA